ACUUCCCUAUCAUCGGCUUCUACAUUUGUCUCCUUCUUCCUUUACUCCCAUCCGAUCCCCAUCUCCUUAGAUAAACCAAUCAUUUCAAUCAAGAAAGCAAAGAACUAAUUAAAAGAUCGCAGAUCAAUCACUAAACAGGAGUACUAGUCAUGAUGGAUACAAAUGAAUCAUCAUGUGUUCCACCCGGAUUUCGGUUUCAUCCAACGGAUGAAGAGCUUGUGGGAUACUACCUUAGAAAGAAAAUUGCAGCCCAAAAGAUUGAUCUUGAUGUUAUUAGAGACAUUGAUCUCUACAGAAUUGAGCCAUGGGAUCUUCAAGAAAAAUGCCGGAUCGGAUAUGAAGAGCAGAAUGAGUGGUAUUUCUUCAGCCACAAGGAUAAGAAGUAUCCAACAGGGACAAGAACCAAUAGGGCAACCAUGGCUGGGUUUUGGAAGGCUACUGGAAGAGACAAGGCUGUUUACGAUAUGUCGAAACUCAUAGGGAUGAGGAAAACACUCGUGUUUUAUAGAGGAAGGGCACCCAAUGGCCAGAAAACUGACUGGAUCAUGCAUGAAUAUCGACUUGAAUCCGAGGAGAAUAAUCCUCCACAGGCAAAAGGCUGGGUGGUUUGUCGAGCAUUUAAAAAGAGAAUAACCGGCCAAACAAAGACCAAUAUUGGAGAAGGAUGGGAAUCAAAUUAUCUUUAUGAUGAACCAAGUGGAGUCAGCUCCGUUUUGAGUCCUCUUGAUAAUAUUCCAAGACAACUUCCUCCUCAAAAUUUCAUGAGCCAGAAUUCACUAUGCAAGCAAGAGAUAGAACCCGAUAAUAAUAAUAACAACAAUCUCAUCUUUUUACAUUCAGAUCAAUUUGUUCAGCUUCCUCAGCUAGCAAGCCCCACCGUGCCACUCAUGAAAAGACCGAUAAGCUCCGUCUCACUGGCCUCGGAGAAUAACUGUGAAGAAGAUGGGCAGAUUACGAAAAGGAGAAAGAUAAAUAAGAAUGUCAAUGACAGAGUAACAGACUGGCGAGCCCUCGACAAGUUUGUUGCUUCUCAAUUAAGCCACGAUAGUCAUGAGAAAUCUUCUUAUGAUGAGGACGGAGUUUCAAGCUAUGAACCUCACAAUGGUUCGGAUUUGGGAAUGCUGCUUUUACAAAGUGGAAGGGAAGAAGGGCCUAAGUUGGAUGACUUGAUGAGUUCAAGUUGUAACCGUGAUAUUGGCAUUUGCAUAUUUGAUAAAUGAGGAGAAAUAAAUGUCUUAGAAUAUUAAUUAUACAUAUAUAUGUAGUUUUGUAUAAACAUAUUGAUUGUGGGAUGAGCACUGAAAAUAAUUACUUAAUUAAUAGUCAUCCAUCCAA